GACGGGGCCCGAUGGCGGCGCUGCCCGAGCGGUACGUCUGCACCGCCUGCGGCGUGUGCGCCGCCACCUCCGAGGGCCUCCUGGAGGCGAGGGAGGACGUGCUGGCGUUCGGGCAGCUGCGGGUGCCCGAGGACGCCCAGGGCAGCAAGACGAUAGCGUGCCCUUGGUGCGAGCAG